AUGGCCGCCGCCGUCUUGCACAGUGACCAUGUCAAUCUGCUCGUCUUCCGCUAUCUCCAGGAAUCCGGCUUCGAGUCUGCAGCUGUCGCGUUUGUCAAAGACUGGCACCGACCCUCCAUCUUCCGAGAUCCCGAACACCUGCCCUUUGCCCACCAAGUCCACCGCAACGAGCUCAUCUCUCUCAUCCAGACCGGAUUAUACCAUGACGAGCUAUCAGAGCGUGUGCGCAAGGCUGGACGGAGGUUUAGGUGGAGUCUAAUUGACGCUCGCGCCAGUCUAGAGGGCAGCGAGCGCCACGAAUUGCUGGACAAUGGCGCCGACACGCGACCUACUUCGAGCGGACGACGGAAAGAACGGCCCUUGAUGCGCGAUGAAUUCCCCACACCUGUACCAAAGCGUCAACGGCGGAGCGAGGGUAGUGAGACGCACGUCAAUGGCGACGCUAUGGAUGUUGAUGCGGCUUCCGCCGAUGCUGAGGAAGAAGGAGAUACUGCCUCGCCUGGCGCUGCCUCAGACGCCGAGAUUGUGGAGAGAUACGACAGCAUGGAAAUUGGCACACAGACCGUGACCAAGACUGCGCCUCAGACAAGCACUAUAUCCUGGACUGUGGACAAGCCUGGCGCCAUGGUCACGCAGGCUCUAUGGAACCCGAGCUCAAAAGGCAGCGAUGGCCAGAUGCUGAUGACUGUUGGAGACGAUUUGUGCCGAUUCUAUCAGGUUCCCGAGUCUUUGAUUGAUACUAAGCAGCCCUACCCAAUGAGGCGUGCAACACACUUCGAUUGCUUAUCACAUGUAGACGAACCCUCAUUGCCAGCGGAAUCGUCAGUGACCGCUGUUACGUGGCGCCCAGACGGACAAGGCGCCUGCUGUGCCAUUGACGGAUUUCGAGACCUACCAAGCGGGAACAAAUCGGCUUGCCAGUUGCUUCUCGAGCAACGACAGGACGGUGCAAGCGUAUCGCUAUCCCUAGGCCCACCAACACUGGAUCCGCCUGGAGUCAUCCUUGCUGUUCGAUAUAGUCCAAGUGGCGAAUAUCUGCUAGCUUUGAGGACAGAUAGCGCUCGCUCACUAAUUCAGGUCUGGAAAUCCUCGCACAAGGAGACUGAAGAUCUGCAAACAUCACGAGAACCUGUCGCGUGGAAAUUGUUCGAUCACGAGGUUUGUGAUGUGGCCUGGACAGAAGACGACGCAUUCAUUGUUUGUGGCGACAAUGGCCUGACAUCCUCAUAUCAAAUUGACGCCACUCAGCAAAAUGAACAUGGGUUGCUUCCUGCGCCCAGCAUCACCAUGCGAGGCUUAAUAUCACGCAACUCGAGCAUACUGAACGGCAAUUCGAGGUGGGAAAGAGUACAGCACGAUCGUCGAACUGGUAUUGCUGUAUUCGCUUCCACAGAAGAGCGGAGACUAUGCAUCACAUCUCGAAUCCACGACCACAACUCAGAAGAGGAACUUGGGAGUGAGCUGCCUCUGCCUUCAGACACCAAUCUAGAGGCGCUGUCAUUCCAGCCAUCUGAUAAAGCAGACCCCGGCGCAUCAAGUCUACUAGCUGCCGCUUUUGAUGACGGCUCAUGCCACAUUUACAGCAUAAGCCGCUCUUCAUGCCAAGACAUUGCCAUUCUGACACUGUCCGAUCCACCAGCAACAGCUCUUGCUUGGUCGCCUGACGGCUCUCAGCUAGCGAUUUCCAAUGCUUCAGACGCUGUGCAAAUCUGGAGCGCCGAGUCGCUCACGCGCAAAAAUGGGCUGCUUCACCCGCCGCGGUCCGUUCUCACAUGGCGUGCCGCUUCCGAAUCAAAUGAUGCGCCACGCGACUACGAGGCUGAUGAGGAGGAUUUCGAGCCAAGCAUAAAUUGGAGCGCUGAUGGCGAGAGCCUUGUGUUCGCUGCCAAGCGACAGGUAAGGCAUUUUGACACCACACGCUAUGUGACAGCCGCGCUAACAUGUUCAGAUCUCUGUUGUCCGGUUUACGCCGUCGUUACGGAGCGAGCCCCUCGAGCCUCAGAUCAACGGCCAUCAUGAUCCCUGAAAUCGAUAGCUAGAAAUGUACAGAAGAUGCAUUCAUCAGUCCAGUCUUCCGCACAUUCCUUCCGUACACUCG